AAGAGAACAAAAGAAAAGACAGAAAGUUAGCCUUAUAGAGUGUGGGAGAAAGAGAGAGAGAGGAUUACAGUCUCUUCUCAUCCACAUCUCUCAUCUCAUAAACUCAAUCUUUUCCUUCUCAUUUUUUGUUGCAACAAAAAACUACUAACAGCUUGUUUGUUUUGUUGAUGCCAAAGUCAAGCUAGAAGAAAUAUUGAAGCUAAUUUUAAGGUUCAAACAACUUAAUUUUGCCUCUAUAUCAGAAAAGAGUCAACAAACAUAACAUGUCCAUUGUAACUUGUGAAGAGGCUGCUGCAAGUUUAUCUUCUUCUUCCAACAUGAAUAAUGAUACUAAUGGAGCCUUUUGCUAUCCACCUCAACAUCAAUUAGUUACUCCACAAUAUCAAAAUCCACCUCAGCAAAUCAAGAAAAAGAGAAACCAACCAGGCAAUCCAGAUCCAGAAGCAGAAGUGAUAGCUUUAUCACCCAGGACACUAGUGGCAACCAACAGAUUCUUUUGUGAAAUUUGUAACAAAGGGUUUCAAAGAGACCAAAAUCUACAACUCCAUAGAAGAGGACACAAUUUGCCAUGGAAGUUAAAGAAGAGAGAAAAUAAGGAAGUAGUGAGGAAAAAAGUGUAUAUUUGUCCGGAGUCGAGCUGUGUGCACCAUGACCCGUCUAGGGCAUUAGGAGAUCUUACUGGAAUUAAGAAGCAUUUUAGCAGAAAACAUGGUGAGAAGAAGUGGAAAUGUGAGAAAUGUUCAAAGCGUUAUGCUGUUCAAUCUGAUUGCAAAGCUCAUUUCAAGACUUGUGGUACUAGAGAAUACAAAUGUGAAUGUGGUACUAUUUUUUCAAGACGAGAUAGUUUCAUCACACACAGAGCCUUCUGCGAGACUUUAGCUAUGGAGAGUGCAAGAUCAGUAAUAAAUGGACGAAAUCCAACAAUUUUCUCACCUCAAUUGAAUCUCCAGUUUCAACAACCUCACUUCUUUAAUAGCCAUGAACAGAUUCAAGCUACUACGUUUCCCAUGAAAAAAGAGCAGCAAAGUAGUGAUUUCAGACAUAUUGAAAUUCCUCCAUGGCUAAUUACCACUAAUUCUCAACCAUUUCAGCUUGGAUCUAUUAAUCACGGUCCUUCACCACUCAGUAAUUUUAGCUCAUCGUCGAUUUUUCCAGCUACUACUAGGUUAGAUCAACAAUACACACAGAGCGGCCACAAAGAUUUAAAUCUUCAUCACCCAAACCCUAAUCUCAGAGGACCUACAUUAGGUUACGAUUCAACGGGAGAAUCAGGUGCGGUCUCUCCAGUACACAUUUCUGCAACUGCAUUGCUGCAGAAAGCAGCACAGUUUGGUGCUACAAUUAGUAACAAAGCAAGUGCUGUCACUGCUACUGCUGCUUACACAGGCACAGCAAAAAUACCCCACAAUACUCACGUGUCUGUUACUAGUACUGAUUCUGCUACCAAACAAACUCAUCAGAAAUUGUCCUCACGUGAAGACCUGACCACUAUUACUGGGCCUGCAAAUAUAAGUGGCAUCAUGACAUCUUUUUCUAAUGGCUUUGAUGGGUCAACAAUGUUUGAAGAUGCGAUAUUAUUCGGUGGAUUCAACAAUUUGAAUUCAAAGAAAGAGGACGAGGAGGAGGAUCAACAACUCUACUUCAAUGGAAGUAUGAAUGAGGAGGAUCAUAUAUUGACCAAAGAUUUCUUGGGUUUAAAACCUCUCUCUCAUACUGAUGACAUUUUCAACAUUGCUGCUCUUGUUAAUACUGAACCUCCUCAUCACUUUAAAAAUCAUAAAACUUGGCAAAGUUAAUUAUAAUCAUCACUUUUUAUUGUACACCUCUAGCUAGAUAUAUAUAUAGCUAGAAACUGAUAUAUGUAUUGUACAAAAGUGCAUGUAGAACUGGGUGAAAGUUCAGAUAAUCAAUCUGUCCUCACCACCAAGAAAUCAAUAGAUUAUUAUUAUAUUCAUUUAGUUUUAUUUU